AUGACGCGUUGCUGGCAGCUGGUGGCAGUGGAGGCACUGCUGGCCCCAAUGGGCCCCGACAAGAGCUGGACCUCAGUGGGAUGGUGGAGCAGUGCAAAUGUAAUUUACCAUGUCGUAAUAUCCCUUUUAUUUUUUUCUCUCUUUACAGCAUGGGUAAGUUCUCUCUCCAUGGGGAUGAUUUUCUUUUGCUGCCCAAUAGUCAGCAUCUUCACAGACAUAUUUGGUUGUCGGAAAACAGCUGUUGUGGGUGCUGCUAUUGGAUUCAUUGGACUCAUGUCCAGUUCUUUUGUAAGUUCCAUCGAACCUCUGUACCUUACCUAUGGAAUCAUAUUUGCCAGUGGCUGCUCCUUUGCGUACCAGCCUUCCUUGGUCAUUUUGGGACACUAUUUCAAGAAGCGCCUCGGACUGGUGAAUGGCAUUGUCACCGCUGGCAGCAGUCUCUUCACAAUUUUGCUGCCUCUCCUUUUAAGGGUUCUGACCGAAAAUUUGGACCUCUUUUACACGCUGAGGAUCCUCUGCAUCUUCAUGUUUGUUCUCUUUCUGGCUGGCUUUACUUACCGACCUCUUGUGCCCAGUGUCAGAGCUAAAGAGAGUGGAGUCAAAGGAGGCAACAGAUCCUCCCUCUUUUCCAGGAGAAAGUUCAGUCCUCCCAAAAAAAUUUUCAAUUUUGCCAUCUUCAAGGUGACAGCGUACGCAGUGUGGGCAGUUGGAAUCCCGCUUGCACUUUUUGGAUACUUUGUGCCUUAUGUUCACUUGGUGAAACAUGUGAACGAAAGGUUUAAAGAGGAAACCAACAAGGAGGUGGUUCUCAUGUGCAUUGGCAUCACGUCGGGAGUGGGACGGCUGCUCUUCGGCCGGAUUGCAGACUACGUGCCUGGCGUGAAGAAGGUUUACCUACAGGUGCUCUCCUUCGUCUUCAUUGGUCUGAUGUCCAUGAUGAUUCCCUUGUGCAGUGUCUUUGGGGCCCUCAUCGCCGUCUGUCUCAUCAUGGGCCUCUUCGAUGGAUGCUUCAUUUCCAUUAUGGCCCCCAUUGCCUUUGAGUUAGUUGGUGCCCAGGACGUUUCCCAAGCAAUUGGGUUUCUGCUCGGAUUCAUGUCUAUACCCAUGACUGUGGGGCCACCCAUUGCAGGGUUCUUCGUGAGAAGCUGGGUUCCUAUGACGUGGCAUUCUACCUCGCUGGGGUCCCUCCCCUUAUUGGAGGUGCUGUCCUUUGCUUUAUCCCAUGGAUCCAUAGUAAGAAGCAAAGAGAGAUCAAUAAAACCACUGCAGGAGAAAAGAUGGAGAAAAUGCUGGAGAACCAGAACUCUCUGCUGUCAAGUUCACCUGGAAUCUUGAAGAAAGAAUCUGACUCUGUUAUUUAAUGUCUUCUAUACCUCCACCAGACUGGAUUUGCUUUCAGAAGUUUAAGCAAGUUUUCCUUUUAUAUAAAUUGCAAAUUAUUUUUUUAAUCACAUCCUAAGAAUAGCACAAUAAUGGGAAAUAGAACAUUUAUUCCUACAAGAACCAUUUUCUGCCACCGAAUAGCUGUCUAACAUUAACAUGAGUCUGAGGACAGAGACUCUGGUCCAUGAAAACAUCUCUGGGAGUUAAAUCUUAUGAGAAUUUGAUCCAUCUCAGUAGAAAGCAACUUUGAAAACUGUGAAUGCUAUUUAGCUUCUACAAAUAUUUUAAAAAAUACCUCAAGCUAUACUGAAAAGGUUGUAAUUUGGUUAGACUGGAAAUAUUGUUUGUUGCCUCACAUGCUGUUUUUAGUUCUGGUAUCUAUCUAGAUUUUAAUUUCUUUUGCUAUUUGGAGACUUUUUACAAAAUUUAAGUCUGGCUUCUAGAUAAUGUGCGAGCUACCUAAAACUCAAGUGUGUGUGAAAGUUGCUUUCCCUGCGGUUAAGUAGGCCCUGACAUGAAGGGGUUCUGACUUGCUCUAGUGUCAGAGAUCUUUUUGGAGCAAAUGCUAGCAAUGUAUUCAGAACCAGGAUGUGAGAUUCCUGGUCAUAAGGGCAGAGCAGUUAAAAAAUCAGGCAUUUCUUCAUUUCCAUUUCUUCCCUUUGGCUUUGCAGUGUUUUACUGGAGUAGCCAGAAACGCUCCAAAUUUCUGAAUUUGUUUAAAUUAUAACAAUAAAGAAAAAUAGAAUGAAUGAAAGAUACUCUGGCAGUUUUAACAUAAAAUAUUCCUGGCUUCUGAAUUUGUUAGCACUGGGACCCAAUAUUUAAACAAAGCCUUAUUGAGCAUGUUGUCAAGUUGCAGUUUCAGGCACAGUGGGGGAAAAGAUCUUUGUGUUUGUAAAGGAAAUAUCUAUUUCUGAUAGACACAGUUGCUGAAAUUGGUUUAUGAAAUUAAUGGGUCGUGAAAGGUUAGAAGCAUUUAUAAAGAGAAACAACUCCUACAUUUCCAAAACUUUCUGGCAGAAAUUUGCAUUUGUGUGUAUUUCUCCUAGUGUGUUCCCCAUUAACAUUCUUAGUACUUUUUUCUAUUUAUACACAGACAAUUGAAAGCAAGCUAUUAGAGUUUAAGUAUCUAAAAUUAAAACCAAAUCAUGUCAUGACCCAUGCUCAUCUACAAAAAACAGGAACACUUUCCUCAUCCCUGAAGUUAUACAUUUUUGUUAUUUAGGUGUUUAAAAAUUAAUAAUAUGCAAAGUAUAUUUAAAUCCUAAAUAUAGAUGUUUAUUAGAUCUUCCUCAAAUGUAGCUUGAUCACCUGGGAAGAAUGUUGUCUUUUUUUUUUUUUUUUUUUUUGAGAGAGAGAGAGACAUCAAUUUGUUGUUUGACUUAUUUAUAUACACUCAUUAGUUAAUUCUUGUGUGUGCCCUGACCGGGGGUUGAACCCACAACCUUGGUGUAUAGGGAUGGCACUCUAACCAACUGUGCUACCUGGCCAGGAUGAGUGUUGUCCUUUUCUAAAGCACCUCUAGGACCCACCUGUUUCUAAGUUCUUUGUAAGGAAAGAAAGUUAGUCUAUUAUCUCCUUACUUUACUUUUCAGCUACUGUUGUUUCUGGAAGGCACAGCACUUCCAUUCCUUGUCUCUAGCUGAGGAUGGAGAUGCCUGGAUACCAUAUGGACUUAGAACUGAUGGAGAGCAGGGAGGUGUGGCACUCAGAAGGUGGGAGGAAAGUGAGGCUGUUCAUUAAACGGCGAGAAAACACAAUAAUUUUCCUUUCAGAAUCAACUUUCUUAUCUGCAGCCUUGAAAAUUCAAAGUCUAUAAACACUAAAUGUAGAAUCUGUUUUUAAUAGGAUUUUAAAUAAUUUUGAUUGUGAGGACAUUCAACAACUUACUGUGGCCAUACACACAGUUGCAACUUACUCCUUCAAAAUGUCCAUAUUUCAUAUUCAGGGACUUAGGUAAUUUGUUUUUUGGAAGUUUCUGUUACAAAGAAAAGGAAAAACCCUACAUUUGAACACACUGCCCUUUUAUGUUCUUAUUUUAAACUUUUAGAAAAUGACUUAGAAAUGAUAAUGUAAUAAAUUAUCUGGUUUUUCAUUUAUUCAUGCCCAAUUAUAAAAGCAUAAUUUCCUCAUUAUCAAUGCUUUUGAGAUCAGCAAAAACAUAAAACUAAGACCAAUCAUCAUGCCUGCCAUUAUAAAUAAUUUUUUACAGUUUUUAUAUGACUCCUGGUACGCCCCACCUGCAAUUGUACAGAAAGAAUAAUUCUAAAAUAGAAUAUUUACUCUGUAAAGACCUCCAAAGUGCUUUUCCUUUCAAAAUUUGGCUGAUUUUAGGGGAAAUAAAAUGUAAUAAUCUGAAA